AUGAUACGUGACUAUGCUACGAAUAACUGCACUAAGGAUGAUGGAACUUUAUAUCUCCUCACUAGAACUUCAUUUGUUAAUCGGGAUCCAGAUACAGACAGGUAUGACAUCAAUGAUCCAAGUGAAGGACCUAAACUGUUUAAUGAAUAUCCUCCUUAAUCUCAAGCCAUGACAGUCCCCAGUUCUCUGUGGACAGUCGGGUGUGGUGCUAAAGGUGGUGUUGCCGUUGGGAGUUUUGCAGUGUUUGGACACAACAAUGAAUCGAAGAUCCAAAGGAGACGUAUACAAGAAAAGUCUCCAUAG